GCCUGAAAGCAUCAGUCGACAACAGUUAUCACUGCUUGUUACACCAUCACUAAACAUAACAAAAUGAAAUCUAUUGUGUUGGCUUGUAUGCUGGUUGCGGUGGCGUUCGCUGCCCCACAACAAGGAGCCCCUGCCGAACCCAUCCCCAUUGUGAAGGAUGACAGCCAGAUCAACGGUGACGGAUCCUACCAAUAUGCCUUCGAAACUGGCAAUGGUAUCUCUGCUGACCAGAAGGGAGAGCUGAAGAAGGUUGGAGAGGUUGAUGCUUUGGAAGUGCAGGGAGAGUUCUCCUACCCUGGCGAGAACGGUGAACCCAUCCACUUGACUUACACCGCUGACGAGAACGGCUACCACCCAACUGGUGCCCAUCUGCCCACCGCUCCCCCAGUACCUGAAGCCAUCCAGCGCUCCCUCGCCUACCUCGCCACCGCCGCCCCACCUCAAGCUGCUGAGGCACAAUAGAUUUCAAGUUGGCUGAUGCAAUAAUACUCAUAAUCACAUUGUGAUGCGUAUUUUAUAAUUUUCUACUAUGAAUAAAGCUAACGUAACUCAUUA